AGGUGGCUGAGGCUCCCUCAAUCUUGAGCAGCCAUGUCGAACCCCAGUGCUCCACCUCCAUAUGAAGACAGAAAUCCUCUUUAUCCUCCUCCUCCAUCAGGGGGAUUCCACCCUGGGGGUUACCCAGCUUAUCCCCAGCCAGGUUUUGGGCACCCAGCUGGAUAUCCUCAGCCCAUGCCUCCCAUUCAUCCAAUGCCUAUGAACUUUGGAAGAGGUGAAGUCUAUGGGGGAGAUGAGCCCGCAAUGAGUGACAGCUUUGGGACUGGAGAGUGGGAGGACAAGAAGGUCCGACACCGCUUCAUUCAGAAGGUUUACACCAUCAUCUCAAUCCAGUUGCUCAUCACAGUUGCCAUCAUUGCUGUUUUCACCUUUGCGGAACCUGUUAAAACCUUUGUGAGGAAGAACGUGGCCGUCUACUACGCAUCCUAUGCUGUCUUCCUGGCCACAUACCUGACCCUUGUCUGCUGCCAGGGACCUCGGCGCCGCUUCCCAUGGAACCUCAUUUUGUUGACCAUUUUUACCUUUGCAAUGAGCUUCAUGACUGGCUGCAUAGCCAGCAUGUAUAACUCAAGAGCAGUCAUCCUGGCUAUGAUUAUCACUGCUGUUGUCUCCAUUGCGGUCACCAUAUUCUGCUUCCAGACCAAGGUGGACUUCACAUCAUGUGCAGGGCUCUUCUGUGUGCUUGGGAUUGUGUUGACAGUGACUGGAAUUAUCACCGCUAUCGUGCUGUCUUUCAAAUACGUACCCUGGCUCCACAUGCUGUAUGCUGCCCUUGGGGCUAUUGCUUUUACCCUGUUUUUGGCAUAUGACACACAGCUGGUCCUGGGAAACAGGAAGCACACCAUCAGCCCAGAGGAAUACAUCACAGGCGCCCUGCAAAUCUACACGGAUAUCGUCUACAUCUUCACCUUUGUGCUGCAGCUUCUGGGGGACCACAAUUAAGGAGGCCUCCCUUCUUCCCCAGGCUCCUUCUUCCCUUUCUUUCUGGGUUGGCCAGUCAUUGCCAUGCCUCGUUUCUCUCAGUAACUUCCCCAGGAAAAGUUUUACCUAUUGCUUGUGAGAAUUGGGGGAAAGCUGUCCUCUUUGGGGCUGCUCUUAGGGACAUGCUGGACAGGAGAAGCCAGUGAUGGAUUUGCUCCCUCUCGUGGCUUGUCUAAGGCUGAACCCAUGGUUUCUUCUCCUUUAUGUCCUCUACCAAACUUUCGUUACUGCCCUGUGAGGGGUGUGUGAUGAGAUCAUUCUGCCUCGGGAACUAAAGGGAAAAAAGGUGCAGGGAUGAUUUUAAGGAAAUGCAGUGAUCUUUCUCUUCAGGGGAUUCCAUAUUGAGCUGCUAUUUGUAGUGCCCUUCCUUCCUGGCACUUUCUCUUUGGGAUUGGAGAAUGGAGUCAGUGCUUUCUCUCCAUCUUGUACAUCCUGCCCUCUUCAGUCCUCACUUUGCCCCCAAUCCCUAAAUACUCCUUUACCCUCACCCUUUGUACAGAUAUGAUUCGGUGAUGUGUAGAUAUUGUUUAUUGGGGGUGGGCACAAUAUAUACCAGUGCCCAGCCUUGGCCUCGCUUACAUAAACCCCAACCUCUACCUAAGGCCAGAAGGUGGACCUUAGACUCUACCCAUGUUCAUCUGGCCCCUUCCCAUCACUCCGAUCCUGGAGUCGCUUCCAGAUUGGGAUCUGGCCAAAGAGAGUGGGGACGAUUUCUUCUUUAAUCUUCAUUCUUUGACAUCCUAGACUUGCAGUGAAGGGAUGUGCAGUUUAGGAGUGGGAAUGUGCCCCCCACUUUGGGGAUCAGUUGGUGUCUAGCUUGGGCUCCUGAAGAGGUAGGGCCAGUGACCCAAAUGCAGGCAAUAUGUGGGGUUUUGGCAGGGACUGAAAGAUGCUCUCUAGUUUAUUUUCUGGGCCCCAUGUCAUUGCCACUUAGUUAACCUGUUCUUCAUCUGGAACAUCCUGUAAGUUUUUGCUUAGGCCUCUUCUCAAAUUACUUUAAACCUAUUCUAAGCCAAGCUCUCCAUUGUACAGAUGAAAAAAACUGAGGCCUGGAAGUAAAAUGACAUAUCUUAGGUCACACAAAGAAGAGGGAUAGAGCCACCACUAUAAGCUGCAUGAUUUUCAUGCCAUCCAAUAGUUCUGGGGGUAUUGCUCAUCUCACUCUCCUCUCCAUUCAGGAUGUUUAAAGUUGGAUCCCCCAUCAGGGCCUCCCUUCCCUAGGCAGUAGGAAGCUACUGGCUAAGCUUUUAACACCAAGUGCCUUAUGAGGGAAGGCUUCAGGAGCUUGAGGGGCAGUGCUGUCACUCAAGCCCAGCACAAGGGUAGGGCUUCUGUAUAUGACCUUUCUGGAAUUCUGACUACCACACGCAGUUGUUACAGGAAAUACAAUAAAAUUCUAUGUUAGAAACUAAA